AUACAAUCGCUUCUGUGAUGAAUGUCGCAACGCUUAGCUACACUAAGUAUCUCCCCAAGUAACUGCUAACUAAAAAGAGCAAAUGUCGAACCUGGAAGAAGAAAAAGUCUUGAUAAAAAACCUUCCCCCAAAUAGUACCAAGGAUGAAGUGAUUAAAGUCUUUGAAGCAGUUGGGCAUAUAGUUGAUGUUUUUCUUCCAGUGCAUAAGAAAAAAACAAGUAUACAUGUGAUAGGAUUUAUUACAUUUCGUGACAAAGAAACUGCUGACAAGGCAAUUGAGCAGUUCAGUGGGUUUCGGUUCACAAAUAGUCAUGGUCUAACAAGCACACUAGCUUUAGGAAAGGCCUUCAAGAGGAGACUUCUCAUUACCACCAAAGCUUCUGAGGUUAAGGAAGCAGAUAAGGCUUCCCCCUACAACCAGGGCACGGUGAACCCCUCUUUGAGCACUGCCUUGGUUGACAAGAAUGUUGAUUUAGAGCUGGAAAAAGGAGAACAGUCCUUUCCAUGGAAAGAGGAAAGAGAGAAGUUACUCAAAGAGAUCUUUGAUAAUGAACAGAUUAUCAAAGACUUGGAAAAGAAGAAAUACAUUAAAGACCAGGAAGACCACAUUUUGGAUGAAAAGGAAAAGAGGCUUCUAGAAGAAAAGGGCUGGCUUCCAGAGAAGAUAAAAAACUUGAGCAAAGAAAUUGAAAUUUUGCAGCUGCAAGUUAAACUCAAGGAAUUGCAGGCUGAGCAAGCUUCCAUCAAGUAGUAGAGGUGAAGAUGAGGUGAUAGAUGUGACAGAUUGAGGUGUUCACAGAGGUUGAGGGGGGAGGGGUGAAUGGAGAUGGGGUGUGUAUUAGCCUGGUAUAAAUGUAUAAAAAUCAAGAAACCUUUAUAGAGAAUUUCAAUGAUUUUGGCACUCCACUCUAAUUAUCAUGGGUGAACCUUACAAUGAAACCUCUCACAGUAAAGCAUUUUCAACUUUCACCCCUUACUUUUGGGUGUGUUGUUGUUGACCUUCCACUGUCAUUAAUCAAGUCUGAUAUUAGAGGUUGGGGGGGAGGGUGAAUGGAGAUGGGGUGCGAAUUACCCUGGGGGUGUUAUUAGCCUGGCAUAAAUGUAUAAAAAUCAAGAAACCUUUACGAGCAUGACAUAGGCCUGACAGACUUUUGUGUGUAAAACGUUUGUAUUUGUAUUUCAUUUUUUAUCUUUUAAAAGAUAUCUGAAAGGUGAUAGGGUAUGGGGUAUACCUGAUUUUAGAAGCUUAGAUGUAAAAAAAUUGUUUUUGGACAUAAAGUAUUUUUGGUCAAGGG